CAUAAGGGAGCGUUUGAGGAAAUUUAUCAAACGCUCAAGAUUUUUCAGGAAAUUUAUCUCGGUCGCUCAAAGAAUCCCUAAAAGAUGGCGUUGCUUGAAGUUUCUUCGGCUGUGGGUUGUUAGGGACGAUGUCUGUGUUUCACUUGCUCUAGCUGUCACAAUGGCUGAAGAACAUCUCUCGCUGAAGUGGAACAACCAUCAGGCACAUUUUGUGGACAUCCUCACUUUCCUCAGGGAGAAGGGGAUGUUCGUUGAUGUGACCUUAGCCUGCGGUGGAAAAAUAUACUCUGCUCACAAAUUUGUGCUAAGUACUUGUAGUGAUUACUUCCAGAAAAUCUUCAGCAAAAACACCAGUACGAACCCCAUUGUUUUCAUGAAAGAUGUUUCCUGCAAUGACAUUGAAGCCCUGUUGGAUUUUAUGUACCAUGGUGAAGUGAACGUUCCACAGUCUAGUCUUGGCUCUCUCAUUAAAACAGCCGAGGGCUUACAGAUAAAAGGUUUAGCUGUGCCCGAUGACCCACCUUCCUCACGUAAGAAGCAAGACAGAGAUAAGAGAGAAAGAGAUCCUAGUUCAUCUUCACAUUAUGAAAGUCGUAGUCCGCCUCCAAAAAGAAGAUCACGCAACUCUCCGCCGCCGCCGCCGCGACGAAGCAACGCUCGUGCCAUUCCACCUCCAGUAGAAGCUUGUCUUGACAAUGAUACAGACGAUGUAGUCCUAAGGAACUCUGAACCUUCCACCAAUAAUCAUGAUCGUCAUUCUUCUAGUGGUACGCAUAACAAGAAACUGCAUCAACGUGCCAGUCAUGAUAGCAGUGAAGAUUUAUCAUCUGAUGGUAAAGGAGUUAAUGAUAAAGACCUGAACCAGGAAUCUCAUGACCCUGAAGCACACCCUGCCUCCGGUGCUGAUGACGCGUCGGAACAAGAUGCUGGCCCAUCAGGCUUGCGCCAGUCCAAGCAAGAAGAGGUGGAAAUAAAACAAGAAGAUGUUGUUGAAUUGGGUGAAGAUGACGAUGAUGGUGUUGACUGGGGAGGGGGAAUGGGUGAUGACGGAGGUGGUGGUGAUGGUAACAACGAUGGCCUCAACUCUGGUGACAACUCGGUAUCUUUUUCCGAUGUGUUGCUACCUCCUCCUGAGGGAGGGGGUGGACUCAUGGACGGCACUGGCACAGGCGACUCCGCUAUGGCUGGUCCGCCCCCCGCCGAUGCUGUCGCCCCCACUUCUGCUUCCUUUUUUGAAGACUUCGCUCCUUCGGCUAGUCACUCACUGGACUUGGCUGCAAUCGGGAGCGUGUAUCAGUCCCUGUUUGCGCUGUCGGGAGCUGCUCUGCAGCAGGGAGCCACAUCAGCUUCCCUGCACACUCCCAUCUCUUCGACCUCAUCCCCCGAAAAUAAACUCAAGUCGCUGUCGAGCGAUGGACGCGCCGGAUUAUCUGGUCUUAUCCCUUUUGGUAUUGUCGAUGACGUCGACGAACGACCUUUUCCCUGUCCAUUUUGCGAAUCCCGCUUUAAAAAGAAACAGCAUUUGCAGAACCAUGAGCGUAUCCACACAGGAGAGAAAUAUCUCUGCUCUAUGUGCGGCCAAGGCUUCAGUCGUCGUCAUAUUCUCAAGCACCACAUUUAUCGCAAGCAUCUAAAUAAUCCACGAUGCGGAGUUACGAACUCUCUGAGUGGACCAUCUGACAAAAACGGCUCAUAUUCGGGAAGCACACCGCUCUCUCCUCCGCAUUUUGCGCUCCUUCCAAUGCUGCAGUCGAACUCAAAUCGUUCUCUUAAAACAAACAAUUUCCACCCGACUUCGGGAAACAGUCAAAGCAACGGCGACGACGCCGCGGCUACGGGGAGCGACCUGUUGCCGCACGCCGGCGGUACGGCGACCGAUGUUGAUAGCGCGCUUAUGGACGAGCUUCCCGACACCGUAGCGAGUUUACUAUCUUCCGCCACUGUCGCUACUGGGGUGCAGGCGCAGCGGCGGUUUUAAGGGGCGACAAAUGUUCAAUUGCGCUGGUUGUGAAUGACACGUUUCUGGUGAAGGUAUUUGCUUAUGCGCUGCAGCUGAUCUAAGAAACGGAACCUGAUAAAUUAUUUAGCUUUGAGUUUUGGUACGAGAUACAAGUGGUUUUAAUGGAAUUGCUAAUUAUAAUUGAAAGGACAUUUCAUAGAGUUGGCGAAAAGUUUGCCAUCGCUUUGAAAUAUUGUUAUUGGUCAAGGUCUAUUCGUAUAUAUAUAUUCGUUUACAUCAUUUAUAAAUUUCGUUCACGUGCAAUUCUUAAAACGUACUCUUUAAUUACUUAAGGAUAUGUUUUCAAAUAUUGUGCCAAAUUAAUAAGUAAUUGUUCGGAGCUGGUAAGGAUCUAUAGAUCAGGCUAAUGGUUUCCUCAAACUAAUGUGAUAGACCAGUUUAUCCAGUACACGUUUCACAUUGUGUCACAAGAAUUAAUUUACGAGAUCCGUGUCUAAUUUUAUUAGUGUUGAGGGUGCACAAUUAACGUCCUUGAACUGUCAAAGAUUUUGACAUUCGGAGUACAGCGGCAAAUAAGUAUACGUUGAUGUAAUUUUGGUAGUUUAAUAACUGUAUUUUCAUUUUGUAUAUUGGUCUAUCUGGAGUAUUGCUUCUAGCCGUUUCACAUGACGCUAUGUUGGCGUUUCGUUUACGCUCUAGUGAUUUAAAACAGUAUUAUUAAUCGUUUAGUGCAGCUGUAUUCUCAUUAGAUUAGUGGUAAUUAGUCGUGAUUCGCAUUCCAUACUAAUAAGUGUAAAUAUGCGUCUUCCUUGCAUGACAGCUCGUCUGAUGAGCUCAAUUGUCUUAGUCUCUAUAACUUUUCUUCUGUGCCAAGACCGAGUUUUUCGAAUGGUUAUGGAUGACGGCUGUGUUUUGAUUGAACUUGGGAUGCAUUUUUAUUUCCACAAAUAAUGCGUUUUUGUUUCCACAGUAUUGAAUGUGACCUUUUUUUCGGCAUAACUGAGGUAUUGAAGGCUUGCAGUGUCCGUGUUCCGUUCGCAAAAUACGUAUUAUUAUUUUUUUUUCUUACAAUGUCGUAAAUAUUUGGGUGUAAGAUUCAUCAGCCAUGCUGUUUUGGUGCUCGAAAUUCAACUGAUUCCAAUCGAUCUUAUUUAUUAUCAUAAUGCACUCAUCCAAAUGUUAUGAGCUUAAGGAGCUCUUCCUAUUUUUAUUACAUGCAUUAUUUACGAAACUUUAGGAACAGCAAUGCGCCGUGUGACAAAGCAAUUUUUCGAGGGAAAGUGGAAACGAUUUUUAUAUUUUUGGCUUUAAUAUUUUGCAUUACACUAGUGGCGAAGGAAAAACAUGUACUUAGUUUAAUGAUGUCCAUUUCAUGUAUAUAUUUAUUUUAGUCGGCACCUUACCGAUUGUCGUGACUCUAAUACUGAAUCUUUUCGUUUAUUGUACUAAUAACUAGACGCCCAUUAGUCACAGUGAAUGAUUACCUGAUAUCGAUGCUGUUUUAGGGGCGUAGUCGUAAAUUGUUUAAAUGAAUCAUGCGUCGCAAUAAACGAAUUUGUAG